GAAACGGCGGCGAUAUUCUAUAGAUCUUAUUUAAAAACAGCAGCUAAAAGAGGCGUUCUGCGGCGGUGCGGCCCGCCCAUGAGGUUGUGCCCGCCCUCCCGUGAGGAGGUGACAUGGGGGACGAGCUGGAGGCCGAGGACGACACGCUGCUUCAUUCAGAGAAGGAGUUCCACGAUGCAGCGAAGCGUAACGACACGGCCAGGAUGGAGGAGCUCAUCAAGAGAGGGGUCAAUAUCAAAGCCAAAAACAAUACAGACCGAACUGCCUUGCACUGGGCUGCAGGAGCUGGGAGUGUGGAUGCUGUGCGACUGCUCCUGGACCAUGAUGUGCCACUGGAUGAUGAAGACAGUUUUGGAAUGAAUGCACUUCUCCUGUCUGCUUGGUUUGGCCACCUCCAUGUCCUGCAUGUCCUCGUCAAUGCUGGGGCGAAGAUAAACUGCGUUAAUAAGAAUGGCAGAAACCUGCUUCAUUGUGCAGCGCAGAGGGGACACAUCCGGGUGAUGGAAUUCAUCAUGGAAAACCUGGAAGAUGUGUGUGUGGAUCAGACGGACAAGAUGGACAGGACAGCAUUUCACCUGGCUGCAGAGCACGGCCAGCUGGAGGUGGUGGAGUUCCUAAUCCGGCAGGGUUGCUCUCACAGUGCUAAAGACAAGGAAAAGGAUACAGCAUUGCAUUUAGCUGCUAAAAAUGGACAUCUUUCUGUGCUGCAGAAGAUUGUAGACGUUGGAGUGGACCUUGAUGAAAGGAACUUAGAAGGACUUACAUGUUUACACCUGGCUGCAGAGGGAGGUCAUAGUGACUGUGUGAAGCUGCUCUUGGAAGCAGGUGCUGAUGUUAAUGCCCAGACUCAGAAAAUGAACUGUCUUCAUUAUGCAGCGCUGCAUGGCUAUGAGGAGAUAGCCAGGAUCCUUGUGGAUGCAGGAAUCCACGUAGACGCUGUUAAUCAUCAAAAUGCAUCAGCGACACACAUUGCGGUGCUGCAGAACUACCCAGCACUGGUGAAGCUCCUCAUUGAUGCGGAGUGUGACCUUGACAUUCCAGAUAAUAGGCAGCAGACUUCGCUUCACAUCGCUGCAGAGCAUGGCAGACAGGACAUCGCUGAGAUGAUUCUCAUUGCUGGAGUGAAUCUGAAACUAAUGGACAAGCAAGGAAAAACAUCUCUGGAUGUUGCUGCCCGAGGCAAUCACAUCAACUUGGCAGACAUGAUUAUCAAGGCUGAUCGGUUUUACAAAUGGGAAAAGGACAACCUGAACAGUGACUCCAACUCCUGGGUGACAAGGCACUUGACCUUUAAGCAAGAUCACAGGGUGGAAACACAGCACAUUCGCUCAGUAAUGUGGAGGUUAGCUACUAAAUACCUCAAACCUGGUGAAUGGAAGAAGCUGGCACAUUACUGGAAAUUCACUGAUGCACACAUUAGAGCCAUUGAGCAACAAUGGACAGGUACUGCAAGCUACAGGGAGCACGGCCACAGGAUGUUGCUCAUCUGGCUACACGGUGUGAUCAUGGCAGGAGAAAAUCCAGUCAAGGGAUUGUAUGAAGGUCUUGUGGGCAUUGGAAGAAGAGAUUUAGCAGAAAGCAUUCGGAAAAAAGCAAACGCAGACCCUGCUUCUCCAAGGAAAUGCACAGCAAUGUGACACCCAAAGGGAGAAGAAUCACUUGCUAUGCUACUUAUCAGAAAGCAGCUAUAACUUCAGGGCUUGUCAUGCUGCUACCUUCUUUGUCUGGAACUACAAGGAUAUCAGCAAAUAGUAGCAGUCUAAAUGCCUGCUUUAUAAAGAGGUGGGAUUUUAUUGGCUAUUCCCUAUGUUCCAAAUAACGUAAUAAGAUGUAAGUCACAGUAUGGUAAGUGAUGCUAUCAGGAAAUACUGCAGUAUUUUACUGUAACUUGCUUGCAUCACAAUUUUGUAUGUAAGUUUUUAGUUGUCAGUUUUAUAAAUUGGGCAGAAUGCCUUUAAUUUGAGAAACAUUCUUUACAUACCUGUUUUGUGUUUGAUUCUGGUCUAAUGCUUGUGUCUUAGAUUUUUUCUCAACUUCCCUCUUAGCAUGGGAGUUUGUUCAGAAAAGUUGAGGUGACUACAUGGUCUGUGGUCUUUAAGGAGAAGACCAUCGAGAUUGAUCGGUGUAACACAUAUAAUUCAGGUGGGUCACUUCUUUAAUCUCUGGGUUGUCACUUGAAAAGCUUAGAUGGACAUGGAGUUAUCUGUGAUCUAAGAGACAAAGAGUGAAGUUGUUAAGGUGACCUGAGGGCUGAUAUGUUCAUGCACAGCAUUGCUGCAUGGAUUUUACUGUUUUAACUCCAAGAUGUUAGCAUUGAUUAUUUUACACAGUCUCUCCUAAGGACAGUUUUCAUAAACACAGAUUUGACCCAUCAGCUUUUGUAUUUUUAGAGUGUUUCAAGUAGAAAAAAUGGCUGUAUUGCAAUGAAUCAGAAUGUUACUGUUAAAUUUGCACACUUUGUCCUAGUCAGCCUUUUCUUAAAAAACAAACAAA